UUCUGAUGGGCGAAAUCUUCUGGUUUUGCAGGUGCCCCAUCGCGACCCCACCUGCGUCCCCCGGAAUGAAGGAAACGAGGGAAUAUCCCGGCUUUUUGGGCACGGAAAGAAGCAAGCGGGGAGGUUCCAGCCUGGAGAUGAAGCCGGGGGCACGCGUUGCCUGCCAGGUCACCACGGCAGUGGUGUUCCUGGUUCUGCUCGUCACCGCCAUCGCUUUUGCAGUGCACGCUUUUCAACCUCGCCCCCAGCCCUGUCCUCGUUGUCCGUUCGACUGGAUCGGGUAUCGAGGAAAAUGCUACUAUUUUUCGGAGGCUGAGAGGAACUGGACGUCCAGCCAGGACAACUGCUCAGCUCUCGGUGCUUCCUUGGCCAUGUUUGACAGCGUGGAAGACUUGGUAUGGAAACCCCCAGAAAAGCGACCAAGGCUUUUGCCACCUUUCGGUUUCUUUGACUGCUCUUUGAGCAUCUUCUUCCUAGCCCUGGGUCUUCUCCUCAAGCUUCUCACCAAAGCCAACCAGUGCAAGACCUGUAGCAAAAAGGGGAAAAACAGAAAAAGAAAAAAAAAAAAAAAAGAACAAAAUCUAGAUAAUUAAGUAGGUCUCUGCCUUAAAGAUUAUGGGUUUCGGUAACAGGCUGAGUAAUUCAAGCACCAAAGGAGCGCAGGCAACUCAGAACACGUAGAUUCUUGGUUGGAGGGAGGUUUCUACAGAUGACUCGCUGGGCACGUCCCAACACCCUGAGAGCUGCCCCAAAGCCUUUGU